CCCCCCCCUCCCGUGCUUCCCUCCCGCCACCCGCUCGCACGCCUUUGUCGUCCUCUGUCCAAUCUCGCGCAGAGCCAGGCGCCCCCGCCUUUCCUCCCUCCCCUCGCCCCCUUUCCAGAUCCCCGCUGCCUGCUGCCAGGCUCCCGCUCGAGUCAGCCCACACGCCCCUUUUCGAUGACCAUGCCAAUGCCCCCGAGCGAGACGAGCCUCUCCUCCCUCGAUCAGGCCUACUUCUCCUCGUACGCCGACCUGGCCAUCCACGCGUCCAUGCUGUCAGAUGUGAGCCGGACCGAGGCCUACCGGCGGGCGUUUACCCGUGCCGGAGAGCUCGGCCUCUUUGCCGGCAAGGCGGUGCUGGAGGUGGGCGCCGGGCUUGGUGUCCUGGGGAUCUUCGCCGCGCGCGAGGGCGGCGCCCGCCAUGUAUACCUGGUGGAGGCAAGUGACAUUGUCCACCAGCUGCGCAAGGUGAUCGCCGCGCAGCCGGCAUCAAUUGCCGAACGCAUUACGAUCAUCCACUCGCGUGUUGAGGAUGCCAUCCUCCCGGAAAAGGUCGAUGUGAUCGUCAGCGAGUGGAUGGGCUAUGGCCUGCUGUAUGAGUCAAUGCUGGACUCGGUCCUGGUCGCGCGCGAUAACUGGCUCAAGGAGGACGGCGUGCUGAUGCCCUCGCGUGCCACCAUCUCGGCGGCCCUUCUUGGCGAUGGCGACCUGGCCAUGGAGCUUGUCUACGACCCGGACGCCUGCCUGUACGCCGACCCGAGCGACCCGGGUCAGGGCCGAUCUCUCGGUGACUCCCAGGCGAUGGCCGACCCGCUGACUUGUUUGGAGCUGCUUCAAGAGAGUGCCAGUGCACUGAGCAACUUGAACCCGGCCAUCCGCAGCCAGCGUGUCGAGCUAUGGCUCGCCCUAAGGCGCCAGGCCGACAACCACGCGCGCGAUCUCUGGCGGCAGAUCGGCCAACAGUAUGAUGUGGAUCUGGCACCAGUGGUGGCUCCAGUGAGUCGCUCCGGCGGGGAUCUCCAGCCAGCCGGCCUGCUGGCCAUUGGUGCUGCCGCGGACUUUGCCGCGCGUGCUGUCCCCUUUGAGGCCAGCGUGGCGACCAUCCAGCCGCCACGAGUGAUGACCACCCCCUCGGUCAUCUGGGAGCUGGACAUUGCCAAAGCAUCGCGCUCGGAUCUGCUGGACAUCUCCUGCAGCAUGGAGCAAAAGGUCAUCCAUCUGGACGUGCCGCGGGCGGUUGGGCUUUGGUUCGACGUGCAUUUUGACCUACCCGCCGCCGGGCCGGCCAUCACCCUCUCCACUUCGCCCUUUGAAGAGACAACACACUGGAUGCAGACCAUCCUCCCGGUAGCCGGUUCUUUGCACUCUCCGGCCGCCGAUCGGGCCCAUGGGCCGCUGGUGCCUGAUGCCCAGGUGUCUUUCGCUCUGCGUCUGCACCGCCCGCAUUCGGGGUCGCGCUUUCUCCUACUGGACGUGGAGGGCCUCGGUCCGGCCGACAACCCAGGCCGAACCUACUGCUACAAGAUGUCCUGCGGCCCAGACUUCGACAUGACUGCAUGAAGGGCAGGCGGUUGGAGUGUCUGAGCAUGUGUGUGUGUAUGUGUGCGUAUUUGUAUGUGUCGGUCAGCCAUCUGUCUGUGUGCGUGCGUGCGUGCGUGCGUGCGUGCGCACCCGAUCACCCUGCUGGUGCAUUUACUCAAGGUACUUCUGGGCGCACGGAAGUACCCCGCUCUUGUUGCUCGUGCUUUUCCCGCUCUGGCCGGGCCUCGAUACGUGACGGCCGGCCGCUGCCUGCUGCAUGGUCCUCCUUCAGAAGUGUAGACUACGUAUGUGUCCAUAUAUAUAUAUGUGUAUGUGUGUGUA